UAAUAAGACUAAUUUGAUAAAAUAAUCUCUUAAUUAAUAUUUUCUUCAUCAACGGAAGGGAGUGAGUAUAAAAGCAACCUAUAUAAACAACAUUCCAUCACCAAAUUUUAAGAAGUUUAAUUAAAAAACAAACCAAACAAUGGAAGCUAUGAACUCCUCCUCAUUUCAUAGCAGCGGAGAAAAUGGUGGUUCGUCAACUGAGCACGACGACUUUCUUCAACAAAUUCUCUCUUCUGUUCCUUCUUCUUCUUCUCCAUGGCCGGAUAUAGGCGAUGCUCAUCCCUACAAUUUCGAUAAUGAUCAUCAUCACCACAACUCAUCUUUGUUAGCUUCCAAACUCCGGCAACAGCAGAUCAAUGGCAAAGCGUUGAUGCUUCAGCAGCAGCAGCAGCAGCUUUUGAUGUCUAGAGGACUCACCGGAGAUCAAAACGACGACGCUUUAAAUCAGGGAAAUGAGAUUUCAGUUCAAGCUCUUUACAAUGGAUUUGCUGGAUCUCUUGGUCAAACCUCUAAUCAAUCUCAACAUUUUCACCAUUCUCAGACUCAGAGUUUUGGAGCACCGGCGUCGUUGACAACGAAUCAAACGCCGGCGGUGAGUGGUGGUUCAGCUGGUGGAGGAGGAGGAGCACAACCAAAGCAACAGAAAGUUAGGGCUCGAAGAGGACAAGCAACUGAUCCUCAUAGCAUUGCUGAAAGAUUAAGGAGAGAGAGAAUUGCAGAGAGAAUGAAGUCUUUGCAGGAGUUGGUACCUAAUGCCAAUAAGACAGACAAGGCUUCAAUGUUAGAUGAGAUCAUUGAUUAUGUCAGGUUCCUCCAGCUCCAAGUCAAAGUUUUGAGUAUGAGUAGAUUGGGAGGUGCUGCAGCUGUUGCUCCAUUAGUUGCUGAUAGGUCCUCUGAGGGAGGAGGUGAUUGUGUACAAGCAAAUGUAGCACGAGGCAUCAGCAAUGGAACAACAUCAUCAACAAACAAUGACAACACCAUGACAAUGACAGAGCACCAGGUAGCAAAGCUAAUGGAAGAAGAUAUGGGAUCAGCCAUGCAGUAUCUUCAAGGAAAAGGUUUAUGUCUUAUGCCAAUUUCUUUAGCUAGUGCUAUUUCUACUGCUACUUGUCACUCUAUGAAACCCAACAACCACUCAUUACUACUCGGCCGUGGUGGCGGAGGAGGCGGGGUUGUCAAUGGUGGUGGCGGUGAGAAUGGUGGUGGACCAUCUUCUCCUACAUUGUCUGCUUCUACUGUUCAGUCAGCCACAAUGGGCAAUGGAGGGACUUGAGUUAGAAGGCCAAACUGUAUUAUGAAAUGAUUUAUACUCAUAUAAAUAUUGACGAUAUUUCGGUGUCGAGUUAAGAUGCGUACAUGAAAUGGAAUGAAGAGAGUGUUUGAUUUACGACCAAAGGGGUAGAGAGGAAGAGCCAGAUAGGGUCGAGUGGGUUUAUCCCAACGUUCUUCAUCAAAAAAUUAUAUUCCAAUUUGUUUCAUUUUAUUGGGCACGAUUCAGAUUUCUAAGAGUUAAACAGUUUAAGUUUGAACGUGAAUUUGGGUAUGUAAUCUAUCCCAAUGUGACUCAUUGUUUUUACUAAGAAGCACUUUGAUUUUAUGCCUCAUUUCAUGAAA